AUAACUCGAUAAUAUCUAAAUUCCUCAGUAUCCGUAUCUUGCAAUUGUUGUUGUUGAACGAUAUAAUUUAAUUGGAAUCUCUAGUCGAUAUCUCGAUCUGACAGCAUCGAGCAUCGGUGAUAGUAGGAUGGAGGGAGUAUGAAAAUGUUUUCAAAUGUAGAUGUGUUAUGUGCUAUAGUUUUCGAAUGUAUAUUGUAACAAAUGUGUAAUGCUGGCGAAACCAUGGAACGUGCUAAUAAUUAUGCGUGUUAUCUCGAGAAUAGAUUUCUAUCUCUUGGAGAGUUUAUGACAGCAGAGCUAUAAUGCAUCUUCCGAGGGUUAACCACACACGGUGUUCUCACUGUAAAUCAACAAAAUCAGUGCUUUAGCUGGAGACAAGAGAAGAGAUAAAAUGAGAUCAUUCGUACAAUGCCGAGGCCAACUCUGAUGUGGCAGUUAGUGAUCCUUUGCCACUAUGAAGAAGCGAUCUGCAAUUCAUUUAAUCUUAUUUGCUGCAUUAGUUUUGCUUGCAGCCCAGUUAAGCCUUCUUGCAAUACUAUUAUAUCCACACAGUAAAAGGAAGACAGACUACAGCAGAGACAUUCAGAUUAUUUCUAAUAUUACAGCACAGUUGCAAUUGCAACUUAUCAUCAUUGAUAAAAUAAUUCUAGAUAAUAUCAGUGGCAGUAAGAAGUCUUCAGAUACUGGAUGCACAUGGUGUACUGAAGAUAGGAUUGUAUCUUUUGCAACACUGUUUAGAGAACUGAAGAACAUUGAAGUUUUGGUUAGGAGGGCUGAAGAUGAAGGUUUCAAGACAGUUGUAUUUCACAAUGUGCAUCCAAUAGAGAAACUGCCGACUGGCGAUUCUGACAUCCCAGUGUGCGUUUUCUUGAAGCACAAGGCAGUGAUCCAGUUAGUUUUAUUCCAUGACCGUGAAGCAAAUUUUUGGUGGCACGGGAGUAUUCACAGUGACCCAGAUGCUCUUCAUCAAUUGUUUAGUCUUGGAGUCAACCAAGGCUUUAGUUUUAUGAAUCAUGAAGGUGCUUAUGACAAAUUUGUGACAGAAAAACUUGACUUACAUGGUACUGCAUUCUAUGUGCCAAAGAAUAUUCCAGACUUUCUUCAUGAUUCAUUAAACUCUCGGUUUCUUGAGUGCAGACAUCAAAGUGCUCAUCAGUUUUAUCAGAAGUAUGGAAAAGAUAAAUCACACGAGGCCUUGAGAUUUUCACAUAGAGCAUGGAAGCUUUUAUCGCGAACUAAAACAAUACUUGAUUCAAUAGGAGUUAGAUUUUGGCUGAGCAGUGGUACAUGUCUUGGCUACCUACGACAAUGUGACAUAAUACCUUAUGGCAGGGAUGUGGAUAUUGGAAUAUUUAUCACAGAUUACAAUGAAAAGAUUGUAACAGAGUUUCUGUCCCACGGUUUUACUCUCAAGCAUUGGUUUGGAAAGAUUAAUGACAGUCUUGAAAUAUCAUUUAAAACUGGAGAUAUCAAAUUAGAUAUUUUCUUUUUCUACGAGGAAGAGUAUUGGGUUUGGAAUGGUGGGACACAAGCAAAAACUGGAAAGAAGUUCAAAUAUAUUUUUCCACGAUUUACUCUCUGCUGGACAGAAUUUCUGGAACUUAAAGUUCGUGUACCUUGUGAAACAGAAACAUAUAUUGAAGCCAACUAUGGUAAGAACUGGCGCAUUCCUGUAGUUCAUUGGGACUGGAAGAGCAGCCCUCCAAAUGUUAGGGAGAAUGGUAUGUGGCCAGUACAGGAGUGGCAGCAUGUGAUUCAGGUGUAUGAUUAAACAUCUCCGAGUGGGCCGAGUAGGCCGAGUGGAACUAAAUGUCCGAAAGGGAGUAUUGUUAUUUUCUGAAGGUGCUUAUUUGAGAAGUUAUAUCUAUUCAAUAAAAGCCUUUAUGCUUUUCUGGAAAAAGAAAAAAAGGAACCACAAGAAAUGUAAAUUUGUAACUGAGGUAUGUAACAAUGGAAAGUGAAGGUUGAAAUAUCAACAGUAUUAUGAAAAGGUCAGACUGCUACUCACUCUAAAUAUUACACAUUGAGUUGCAGACAGGCACAGCUUUUUAUGGUCAGUAGCAGUCUAUCCUUUGCAUAAUAUUGUUAACCAAGGUAUUCAUAUUACUUAGCCCAGAUGCAGCAUUUUUGCCAGACAGCAAAUUUAUCCCAUGUUUUUCACUAUAUAAUAAAAGUUCAAAAACCCUCACAUCAUAGCUGGUAGUGGUAAUCCGCAUCAAGAAGUGAAUUCAGUCUGCUGGUGAUGGGCAGAUUGAUAGAUUCUAAUUCACAUAGCUAUUAGGUACUGCUUUUUCAUCACCUUGACUUUUACUGAAUGGAUCUGCUGGACACCAGUUCUUUAAGAUUAUGUAUAUUUACACAUGUAGAAUGAAAAUGAGUGCAUGGGCUUUUUUUGCUUGGCAUAUUUGUGCUGAAAAUUGUUCUGUCAUUUGUUUCUAAUUUAGGUUGUGUAUUCAAUUUUGUUAAAAACAGUUUGCUACCCCUCUUCGUCUGUGGUAUGCGCAUAUGGGGUGGGGAGACUGUUUCAUACAGGUAUCUAAGUACUGUUAAACUAUGCACCAUAAUGAAUUUUCCAGUCUCAGCAGCACUGCAAAUUCUCAAGCAUUUGAGAUAAAGAAAAUAUUACUUUGCUUUCGUUUCCCUUAUCUGUUUCGAUACGAGAGGUGCAAGUGACAUCAUUCCAAAAUGAUAAUAUCGUAUGAUGGGUAUCUUUUUUCUGAACGUAAUAAGAAUUAUUUAAAAAACAAAAAUACCCACCUUUAAAAUAAGUAUUGUGUUAGGCUACAUCCUACUAAAUCUGUCUCAAUUGAGAAUCAUUUGAAGUGUUUUGUUCCAGUUUGUCAUAUCAGUAGUGGAUGAUUUUCAGCAACAAGAAGAAACUUUGCUAUCUCCAACUGCAUAUUUUCUGUAUUACUGUAUGGUAUAAUUUGAGAUACAUUUAGGCUGUGAGGAGCAAAUGAAAUAGCCCAAGAGUGAGUGUUAUUUCCAAUUUUUCCAGUGCAAAGACUAACCGUCUAUGUGCCUUGAUUCUGUUAUUCCAGUAUCUCUCUCUCUUAAGCCUCAAUGCUGCAGGUAUGUCAUAAAUUAAAACAUUGCUUGACAACAUGAUGCUUUUCAGCAAUCUAAGGUGGAUUACUCUUCAUACAAAUAUGAAAAGAUGUUGGUCAGCUAUUCACAGUAUUAUUUUAUUUGCUCUUUGAGGUAGGGUGCAGCUGGAAUGUACCAAAUGCCUUAAUUUAAUGGCUUCUGUGACUUUCAGAUCUGAAGACUAGAAAUUAGGCUUAUAUUUUUAUGUCACAUGUCGGUAACAAUCAGCAAUAUGACAUAACUUCAUUACUUCAUCUCUUAAAGUACUGUUAAGUAAUGCGGGUUAGAGCACGAAAUUGUUCAUAUGGCUUAAAAUACUGCCCAUGAAAUGGGACUUCAAAAAAUAACUGUUUAUUGACCUAAUAUUUAUGGGGCCCGCAGAGGAGGUGCUCACUUCUACAUACAUGCCCACCAAAAUCUAAAAAAGUCAUCAAGUCUUGGAACAGGAAUGCUUUUUUUUUUAACAAAAUAAAGUGACAGGAAUCUUCUUUUGAGUGAAAAAGUUUAUCAAAAUUCAUUGAACUUAAAUCUUCAAAUAGAUUAAUGCAUUGCCAGUCACUUAUAAUUUGUAUGGCUACUAAUCAGUACAUGAAUGUCCAGUUUUCUGCUGUACUCCCACAUUAUUUGAAAUGAAAUGUUCGAUGUCCAAACUUUGAGUCAUAAAAGAGAAAAGCUGUCCAUACCAAAUCAAACUCCCCCAUGACCUUGAAUGACUGAAGUCCGAUGACUGUGCGACAUCUUUCUAGGUCUAACACAAACGUGAAUAUUUUUAAGUUGCACAAACUAACAGAAUUUCUAUAACUCCAAUAACCAAUCAUCUCCUAGCAUGUCUUAUUUCCCCAUAGUGCAUCACAACACUCACUGGCAUGAAUGUCAGUCACCCUGAGUUGAUGACUGUUUCUCAGUGCUAUCAAAAUUACAUUUCACUUCACCAUGUAAAAGUUUUUCAGUUUACAUAGAUGUUAAAUAAUAUGAUGAAUCUUUCCAGUAAGCGUCUUGUUAUGUGCUUAUAAAUUCUCUGUAACUAUUAUUUAUUCUGUAGUCUUUAAAGUAUUGAAAUCAUUCUUUGCAGCAUAAAGUUGUUAUAUUCUCAUGUGCUGAGGAAGGGUAAAGAAUCGUUUAUGUGGCGGGUGUUAUUGGAAGUAUGUGCUGAGCUGUGGGUGAUUAAAAUUGUGAUCACAUUUUUUGAUUCAGCUUAAGACUUUUUCUUUCUUUCCUCCUCCUCCUUAAAAUCAGACAGGUGCAUCAUUUGUCACUGCAUCUCACCCAGCUUGUCUUUAGAUCUACUCUGUCAUGAUACAUUUGUUUUCUUUCUUUUACUUGUAAUUAGCAUUUAUGAUAUUUUUUUAUUGAAAUUGCUGGUAAAAUAUGAAAAAUGUCUAAUAAUAUCAUAGUAAAUAUUAAUUCAUAAUUUUUGAUAGUAGAUCAGUUUUCUACAUUGAAUUACACUUCUUUUGACCCAUCUUGCAGUUCUGUGCAGUUAAUACAAUGAAAGUUAUUAAUUUUUGUACUUUGUAUUAACUUGUAUAUAUUCAUCACUUUCUAGCUGCUAAACUAAUUGUGCUAUGAGCUUCAUCAUGGGCUGAUCGCCUUCAUCUUGACGGUAUCUUUAAUUUGAUAUGCUGAACUCUUAUGUAGUAAUGCUAUCUCAUGCACAUUCUAUUGUGUCUCUAUACUCUAAAAGCCAUCCACUUUUUAUACUACCCCAUCUUUUAACUGGGAGUGCUGCUCUGUUCAGCAAAUCCUGCAUUUUGCACACAAUGCCUGACAGAUGUCGCUACGAGUUAUCUAGGAUAUCACCUGCAGAAAGAUUUCUAAACCAUAGUUCUUUUCUCUCUCUCUCUCUCUCUCUCUCUCUCUCUCUCUCUCUCUCUCUCACACACACACACACACACACACACACACACACACACACACACACACACUUCAGUUAACUUGGACAUGAGAGGACACUUCUACCUUCAUUUUAAUCCAGCUAUGGUGAUCGGCAUGAUGCUUGAUACUAUUUCCACUAAAACUGUGAAUGAUUUUUUUGAUUGGCUUCUGGAUCCACAUGAAGAACUUCAUGUGCUGUAUUUUUCUGUGUGCCUGCUAAUGAAAGGAAAUUGUAUGCUCCCAAAAGAUAUGGGUUUCAUACUGGGAUGGUGGCUGUAGCUUUUAUAAAAGCAACCUCGCUGUUAUUUCUGCUAAUUGUGCAACUUCGAUUUUCAUUAUAGAGAUCUCAUCACAGGUGAUGGUUUUCGCCCAUGUCAUGUGGGGGCAGUGACGGUGUGGCCAUGGUAUGUCGUUAUUAAUCUGUGGUCUCUGAGCAUCCUCACUAUUGUGGUUGCCCAGCUUUUGGUAUUUCUUCUUCCUUCCACAGUGCUUAACAAAUGUCUCUCUUUUUUAUUUUUGUUCUCAUUCUCCUAAAGUUUAAUUGCAUGACAUUGAUUGAAGUUUGUACCUUUUUGUGCUGAAGGAAGUGUAAAACAAGAGAUGUAAUUACCAUUACAGGGGUUGAGCUUAAUGAAGAAGUUCUUUCACAUAAUGAUUUAUCAUUUUGUUCUGUUCAUGACUCAGUAUGGAUUGUAAAAGAAGACAAAACCUCUGUCUUUUUAUAUGUAAAGUAGGGUUUAAAUGGCUCUAACCACUAUCAGACUUAACAUCUGAGGUCAUCAGUUCCCUAGACUUAGAACUACUUAAACCUAACUAACCUAAGGACGUCACACACAUCCAUGCCCAAGGCAAGAUUCGAACCUGCGACCGUAGCAGCAGCAUGGUUCCGGACUGAAGCGCCUAGAACUGCUAGGCCACAGCAGCUGGCUGUAAAGGAGUGCUUUGCAGGAAGACACACAUGUAAAACUUGCAAGAAGUCAACGCUAUUGUCUGAUGAUGGGCUCAGGCCUGAAACUUGUAAUGGUGUAAUAAAAUCAUUUCAGAAAACCUUUGGCUAGUUGCAGUAUUUUCUACAGUGUAAUGAUUUAUCACCCAGACCUUCCCUCUGCCAUCACCUGGCUCCUCUUCUCUCCUCCACCCCCCUCCCCCCUACCCCUGUCUCAUCCCUCUGGCAAAUGGGGAGCUGCAAAACAAAAAAGAACACCUUGCUACUUUUGUAAGAAAUUGUGUGUAUUUUAGCCAUAAAAAAAUCUCUGGUAUAACACCAUAGCGUUUAAAAUGGCAUUUUUUCCUAAACUCAAGAUAUUUUUAUACAUAUUGUUACAAAAUAAAGGUUUAUUUUUAAGGAAAUUUGUAGUUGUCAUGUUACCUGUUUACAAUAAAUCAGAAGCCAUCCAUAUUAUAAUAUUACAUGCCUAAUUAUUAUAAUGAUUGAUAUCAUACUCAUUGAUGCUUAUAUUUAGUUGACAAUCAUUGUCUUCUAUUUAUUAAGCCAAAAUAUGCCCACCUCAAACUUUUUUUUAUUACAAGAACUUUAUAAUUUGAAGAUAAAAGUCCUCUCACUACUCACACCUAUAGAGAACAACUAAUGAAAACUGACCGAAAAUUUCCUAUACAAAUACUUUGGAAUGAAUUAAUUAGAACAUUGCCAAAAAUUAUAUUGUGUGCUGCUUGUUUGCAGAUAAUAUUUUUAGGUAGUGUUGUUCCUUGUCCAAAAUAUCGAUGUAUCACUGGCAUGACACAAAGAUGAUAAAGUAUGAGAGAACCCUGUACAAUUGUCUAGAGAUGGCAGUGAAUGAAGCUUUUGCAGCUGUACUGGUUCAGGAGGAGAAGCAGCCAUUUUAAGUGUUGUCUGAAUAAGUGAAGGGCAUUUAAUUAUGUAUACAGAUUUCAUUGUGCUCAGUGACUCAGCCCUAUGGUUGUAGUGUGUGCUCGGUAAAAUGCAAACAAAUUAUGAGCAGUCACAGAGUAUGCAAAAAUCUGUAGUGAGUUUUGCAUACUGUUAUAUCUACAAAAAAUUUUCAGCCAUUCUGUGUGCCUUUCAAAUGCAAUACGUCUCUUUGUAUACUCUUUUUGUUUAUUUUAUGCAGAUAGUGUUGCUUUUCAGAAGAAAUGUUGUAACUUCCAGCCUAACUGCUGAGUUUAAUUUAAAAAAUAGGUGAGUGAACUUUCAAGCUUGGUGCAUUAAACAGCAACAUAUUGUAUGUAAUA